AACCAGUGCGACUGAUGCGGGUAGUGAUCCAGAUGGUCGCUCGGUUAGCUAGCGGAGGUUAGCCGGGACGUGCUAACUUCAAAUCCAGAGGGUUUCACCUGCACCUACACCACAACGCGGAUGUGGCCCCACUUCACUUCAGAGGAAGUGCGACGUCAGCAGGCUGCUGUGUGACUCAGUCGCUUGGAACCUGAUUUGCCCUGAAGUACACUUGGAUGCACGUGCACCGACUUCUCCUGAUCCACAGACUUCUGCUGACCCAUGCACUAAUCUCACACAUGUGCACGACCUCUGACACACACUGGCGAGCAACGGCAAACACAGUUGCUGACCAGUUCUGCACAUGCACAGGGUUUCUGGGAACCAUACUGCAAACAUUGCCAUGCCUCUCCUCCCGUCUCUUCCACUCUUCACCGCUCCUCCCCUCUGCAUACCUCUGGAGCUGCACAGAACUUCUCGGCUCCCUCUGAAUUUUUUGUUUGUGCACCUCACAAUGAGGAACACCAGCGCUCUCCUUCUGAGCCACUGAGUCGUGCACAUUGAUCAGAUUUCAGCAUCCAUGGCCAUAGGAUACAAUGUAUGGAGCUAAUUUUUACCGUAUCUAAUUUUUGGAUGGAUUAAUCUCAUUGUAAUGAUGACCACUGCCUCCUCCUCAAUUAUUUGUGAUUUCAAGCCAAUACAUUGGCCAACAGAGAUGUUCACUCAUUAAUUUUUCUGGAUAUCUCGGGCUCCUCUACGGACAUUGCAUGCUCUAUUAGGAUAUUAGAAAAUACAAUAUUGUUUUUACAUCUAAAAGACAAAAGUGGCAAUAAGGGAUAUACACUGACGUAUAUGUAUCCUGCGAACGAAAUGGCUCCAUUUAAGUCAAACCAGACGAUAUUGGAAGGUGAAGCAGAGGAGAGGGAAGGUUCUGAUCUUCCAGUGAAGAGAAAACCUAAGGACGACGAAGAAGAGAGUGAGCAGGAGGUGGAGGGCAGAGAUGUGCAGAUCCCUCUGCAUCGCUGGGUGAUGCACGGGGCAGUGAUGUUUGGACGGGAGUUCUGCUACGCCAUGGAAACAGCCCUGGUGACGCCCGUGCUGCUGCAGAUAGGCCUUCCUGAGCAAUACUACAGCUUAACCUGGUUCCUCAGUCCGAUACUCGGUCUCCUCUUCACACCCUUGAUCGGCUCAGCCAGUGACCGAUGCACUCUGCGAUGGGGCAGAAGACGACCAUUCAUUUUGGCCUUGUGUGUGGGUGUGCUGCUGGGAGUGGCCCUGUUUUUAAAUGGCUCAUUGCUAGGCCUUUCCCUUGGCGACAGCCUCAACAACCAGCCCAUUGGCAUCGUCCUUACUGUAUUAGGGGUGGUGGUGCUGGACUUCAGUGCUGAUGCCUCUGAAGGACCAAUCAGAGCUUACCUUCUGGAUGUUGCUGACACUGAGGAGCAAGAUAUGGCCCUGAAUAUUCAUGCCUUCUCUGCUGGGCUCGGUGGAGCAGUGGGCUACAUGUUGGGUGGCCUGGACUGGACUGGCACAGCUCUCGGCCAAACAUUUAAGUCACAGGAACAAGUUCUUUUCCUGUUUGCUGGGAUCAUCUUCAUUAUCUCGGUCAUACUGCAUAUGUUCAGUAUCCCUGAGCGACCUUUCUCUCCGUCUUACCUGCUUAAAGUCACAGACAGUGGGGAUUCUACCAGCCAGUUGUCUUUUAGGCCUGUCGGCCACGCACCUUUACUUGAUGUGAUUGCAGAGGAGGAUGCUUCUGCUCAGGCCACAUCCCAGGAGAAUAACGAAUCAGACCCAGAAGAAAGCGAAAUGGACUUCCUUACUGUGGAGAGAGUGCGAAGUAAAAGCGACUCAAUCUUAGCCAUGGCAGUGUCCACGAUCGAGCUGGAUCCCGACCUUCAUCCAGAUACACAGCUUUUCCUUCCAGAGAUGCAUCACUUUAACUCAGAGCGCCAGGAAGAGCUAGAAUAUGCUUUUAAGUCAUCAGACCCCAGAAUAUGGCCGUCGUCUCCGCCUGGUGGAUCAUCCGCCCUGACUGAAGUCAUGAUCUUAGAACCAAACUACCCUGAGCAAAAGGAUCCAACAAACUGUCCUAGUUCUCUCCGUCAGAGCAGUUCAGGCCAUGAGGGCUUACAUCAGAGACAGCAGGUCAAGGCUGCCAAUGGUAUCAAUACUUGUGUAUCCUCUCCUGAUCACACCAAUACAGAGAAAGGCCACACCUCCAGUAAGCCCGGGACCCGCCUCCUGAGCGCAUCAGUUUCAUCGAGGCCACACCGACACACCUUUUACAGACAACCUUCCUUUACGUUCUCCUACUACGGACGAGUAGGAUCGCAGCGCUUUCGACUUCGACGGACGACACCUUCGAGCCCUCGGCAAAUCACCACCACCCGGAGUCUGAAUGACCUGAGCGAUCUCCAGGGCCACACAGACCGGAGAUUGUUGCAGCAGUCAGCCAGCAGUCUGUCGUCUGAGGGCUCAAGCAGUGAGGGAGAACCAGACAGGGGGACAACUGUUCGACUGCUGUGGUUGUCCAUGUUGAAGAUGCCAAGGCAGCUGUGGAGAUUGUGUAUAUGUCACCUCCUCACAUGGUUUGCCUAUAUAGCUCAAGCUGUGUUUUAUACUGACUUCAUGGGACAAGUCAUCUUCCAAGGAGACCCCACGGCAUCAGCCAAUUCCACAGAGCUACAGAAUUAUCACAGAGGAGUGCAGAUGGGCUGCUGGGGACUGGUGGUCUACGCUGCUACUGCUGCUGUCUGCUCUGCCAUCCUUCAGAAGUACCUGGAUAAUUUUGAUCUGAGCAUCAAGGCUGUAUACAUCGUUGGAACUCUGGGAUUUUCAAUAGGAACUGCAAUAAUGGCGAUCUUCCCUAAUGUCUAUGUUGCCAUGGUGAUGAUCAGCGGCAUGGGAAUCAUCUCCAUGAGUAUCUCCUACUGUCCCUAUGCAUUACUUGGGCAGUAUCAUGAAAUCAAAGAGUACAUUCACCACAGUCCAGCAAACACUCGAAGAGGUUUUGGUAUUGACUGCGCCAUCUUAUCGUGCCAGGUCUAUAUCAGCCAGAUCUUGGUCGCAUCGGCCCUCGGAGCUGUGGUGGAGGCAGUUGGCAGCGUGCGUGUAAUUCCUAUAGUGGCCUCUGGAGGCUCCUUCCUUGGCUUCCUUACGGCCUGUUUCCUUGUCAUUUAUCCCGAUACGGAGCCCAGCAGCUCGCCGCCGGACAAGGGUGUGGUGGAUUUUUCUGUAGAAUCGAAACAGAAUGGAGAAAGGACCAGUGACCAGAGACUGGCUCUGCUGAACCUCACAGACCUAGACGAUUUGCAGAAGACACAGGAUUACUCUGUUGCCUAAGUAUGAACAAGGAAACUCUGAUCAAGGUUUCUCCUCAUCAGGUACAAGCCACAGCAUGUGAGGAGUAUACCAAAUUCAUCUGAUCCACAUUUUUGAUGGUCUGUGCUUUUCCGGAGGAGGAAAGAGUAGAGGACUGACGGGAAGAACAAGCUCAGUGUUGUGCUGCUCUGCUUGUUUUGAUGCUACCUCAACCUUAAACCAAAUCAAUGUUUGGAUGGAUGAUGAUAAAUUGUUUAAACACAAGAGAGUCACAAGACUGGGUUUCUAGGAUGCUGUACAGAGGCAGCUGGACUUGUUGUUUCACUUCUCAUCUGAGAGGCUUCUGUAACUUAGCUGAGCUGCUCAUUCAAUGCCCUUUUCUGAUCUGACAUUGACGUCUGUCCUGGGUGAUCCGAUCAUGCAUGACCACAUUCUUACAACAGUGUCAACAUGUGUCCUGGGCCACGUUUAAGAACUGCAUAUUACUCAACUGACAUCCUCUGGCCACGGACAGUUUCAUAAUGAACCCACAAAUAUUUUACACUUGUCAGUAUUUCGCAGGAUUUGACUUAUUUGAAGAAGUCAGCAGUUUGAUUAUUCUCCCAAAAUGUUGUUAUACUAUUUCAACACCUCCCCUAUAGAAUCAUUCACCUUCUCACCAACAUAUUGACAAUAGACUGGCUCAAAACAGCACAACAUGUUUGGUCCAACAGAUGUGAUGUUCGUUUGAAUUCCCAUAUAGAGAGGAUACCAGGUGUAAACGUGGCUCCAGAGAGUUGUUGAAGUCACAUGUGAGAUGCUGACUCUUCACAGACAUGUGACCUGUGAUUUAGCUUGACUGUUGAAACUAACUUACCUCAGACUGCUGAAGUAAACUCAUUCUUUUGUUGCGAAAACAUAAAUGGGAAGCACAGAGCACUUUCUGUCUCACUACUGAACAGUGCUUUCACACUGAUCUUACAGAACGAUGUAAAGGGCUGCUCUAUAACUGCUUAGUAGACAAUCAUUACACUGUAGCAAUGUUAGUCUGUGUAACUCUGCUCUACUUCUAGAUGUAAAUAUUUGUUCCAUAAACAAUAAUAACAAUAAUUUGUUUAUAAAUGCCACACAAUUUGCAAAGGACAGGCUUCUACAGUUGUUACAGAAUGACACAGAACUGUUUUUUUUUUUAUUCAUUUCUUAUUCACAUUUAUGUCUUAAGAACCUGUUAGUGUGCAGUUAAAAGUGCUCUUUUCAUAUAUUUAUUUGUUUCUUGCCUAAAUAGAAACACAUAAAAUCUGGAUUCCAUGCUGAUGGUAGAUUUUGCUUUGUUAUCCCUGUGAAUUCCCUCUCUAAAUGGUAGCUAAUUUAUGAUGGCCUCUCAAAUGGGAUUUCAAGUGGUUUGGGUUUUUAGUGGAAAUGUGUUGCAGGGGGGAUUUUUUUUUGCUCUGUCGACUGAAUUUGAAUUAUAUUUUUAAAUAUACAUUCCAACACAGUUGAAAUGGGGAACUAGUGAAAGACGAGCCUCGGCUAAUCAUGAAGCCUCUGUCAUAUACACACUUAAACAGGAAACUUUUGUCAUCAGUAAAGGGACUUUGAACUUUGUGCUUUGUUCAGGAUGCCUUGCUUUGUGUAGUGCGCCUUUGUGAUCAUUUAACAGCUAUGAAACUUUCGUGCUGUAGGGAGAUCAACUCUUACUCCCAUGCUGCCACAGGGUCUGCUGAGUACUGUUCAGUGUUUAGUCUCUAUCUCCAACCCUUGAACACAUAUUCAGCUUCACAAAGCUCCAGACAUCAGGGUAGACUCUACUCUGUGAAUGCUUUUCUUCAGUAAAACCUUAUCACUGUUGAGAGUUGGUGUAAAUGCCCAGAGCCUUAAAAUCACUGAUGAGAGCAUUAUCUGUUUAAUUUUGGAGGAUUUAUGUCACAUGGUCUGUAAAAAUGCUGCAUAUUGAACGUUAGACAGGAGAGCUUCUAUGCAAGGCCAGCGUCUGAUCUACAGGACGCAAACUUGAAAAUCCCUUAGCUGCUUGUUUUGACCUUCAAAUUACAGGACGCAGUGAAGAUAUUACACAGAUUUUUAGAUUUCAAUAGGUUUAUUGUCACUGAGCUCUACAGUGACAUUUUUACUGUAUUUAUCAGUAAUCGGACAAUGCUCUCUAUUCAUGGGGACCUUUUAUUACUUCUAUCUAUGCCAGUGCUUUGCCUGUCAUGACAGAAACACAUCUUUUAUGGUGUGUUCACUGUCAUUUAGUAUUUAAGGCCUCAAGAUUUACACAACCUGCUUUACAAAGGGAACAACCUCAUUCUGUGGAUUUCUGAGUCUACUGACAAGUGCUGAGAUAAUCGGUCCGAGCUAAGAUAUUAAAUCACUAAUUUCUAACUGUAAAUAAUGCAGAGACUCUGUGAGUGUAUGAGCCAUUGUGUUCAAAUAGGGAAUUGUUCAGAGGAUGUUUUUGACUAAGAGGCAAGGGUUCACAGUUUUGUCAGUGUUAGGAAUUCAAUUUUGUAAUCUUAAUGUUUUUCUACCGAUAAGGCACGAGUACAGAAAUUAUCCAGCCUGGAAUCUGAUGUUAAAUCUUUCUUUUCAUUUUAUUCGUCAGUAAAUUGAAAGAGAGACUUUUCUUUACAGCUUCUGUCUAUAACAUUAAUACAGUUUUUCAUUGGAAACUACUGAAUGAGAAAAAUAACUAUUUGUGACCUGAUUUUAUAAAAAUGUUAUUAGACGUUUGGUAUGAUGGUCUAUGUCACUGGUGUGGUUUAUUUUGCUUCUUGCUGCUGUACAGAAUUUUGUAGAACAAAAUCUUGGUAUUUUUAUACCAAUUAUUUGAAAAAGAGACUAUGACUACACGUUGUUUGUGUUUUUAUUACCAACUUUUCACAUCACAGUUUAGCAAACCUCCAUCGACAGGACUGAGUUGUUGAUUUCAUCAUUACAUCAAAUACUCAAAGUACAACAGAAAAAUAUAUUUUCGUAAACAUAUAUUGAGAACCAAUUUAUGUUACAUAUAAUGCCAAAAUACCUAUGUACAGCCAUUUACUAAAAUAACUGGAAAAAAUUUAUGAAAUAACAAAUAAAGUAUGGAAUGUUAUGAUAUUGUAAAA